AUGACUGUCACCGCAGAAACUUCCCCCGUCCCCCAGACCCACACCCUCAAGGACAUCUCGGGCUACAUCGAGAAUGCCUUCCCCGGAAAGCAGGCCCAGAUGGUCCAGGUCACCGAGUACCUCUCCGAGAAGGCCUUCAUCCCUGCUGCCCUUGCCGAGAACGAGGUCUCCUGGUUCUACGGAAACUUGGGAAUUGACGACAUGUACUUUGCCUCAGAGUCGGUCGAGUCGAUUGCCAACCACAUCAUGGCCUUGUACGGAGCCAAGAUCUUUGCCUACACCAAGAACGACAACGGCCUCGAGAUCAACCUCGAGCGCGAGACCGACGAGGGCGCCGUCUACAUCCACACCUCCCGCCCCGGUGUCUCCCAGCUCCAGGGACCCCAGCACGAGAAGAGAAUCGAUGCCAAGUAUCUGGAUGUGAGCAACACCGAGCGUGCUUACCGCUUGGAGUCGUACCGCUCCAAGGGAACUGUCUCGUCCUCGUCGUCGACCCAGCUCCGCACCUACUUUGUCCGCCAGUGCGCGUUCGUUAACCCCAACCCCAACAAGGAGCAGGAGUCUGACAUCCGCGAGACCUCGGACAAGUCGUUCCUCGAGAAGGCCACCGAGAACACCCUCGAGAUCUACUCCGACGUCAUGAAGACCGCCCUUGCCCGUACUGGACCCGUCAUCGAGAUGUUCGAGGUCGAGGGCUCCCGCGAGCGCCGCCUCGUCAUCGCCUACAAGCAGCAGACCACCCAGUCGUUCUUCUCGGCCAUCUCUGACUUGUACCACUACUACGACCUCUACUCGACCCGCAAGUACGUCGAGCAAUUCUCGAACGGCAUCACCAUCGUCUCGCUCUACCUCAACCAAAUCCCCAAGUCGACCGCUCCCCCAAUUGAGCACUCGAUCCACCAGAUCAUCAAGGAGGCUUCGCUCAUCUACUGCUUGCCCACCACUCCCCUCCAGUCCUUCUUCCAGACCAACAAGCUCUCUGUUCAGGAGUCGAUCUACGGUUACAUUGGUUGGAUCUUUGCCCAGCACUUCCUCAACCGUCUUGGAUCUGAGUACACCUCGCUCGUCAACAUCCUCGAUUCGUCCAACUCCAACCACCAGGAUGUCCUCUCCAAGAUGAAGAAGCGUCUCCGCACUGACACCUUCACCCGUGAUUACAUCCUCGAGAUCAUCAAGACUUACCCCGAGCUCGUCAAGUUGCUCUACAUCAACUUUGCCAUGAUCCACUACGUCAACCCUGCCGUCAACUCGCUCACCCCUACUCUCUCCUACCAGCGUCUCCGCACCGACACCGUCUUGACCGAUGAGGAGCUCUACGACAAGAUCCGCCGUACCACCUCCAACUCGCACGAGCUCAUGGUCUUUGAGUCCUUCCUCAUCUUCAACAAGCACGUCUUGAAGACCAACUUUUACCAGCCCACGAAGGUUGCUCUUUCCUUCCGCAUGGACCCCUCCUUCUUGCCCGAGAUCGAGUACCCCACCAAGCUCUUUGGCAUGUUCCUCGUCAUCGGUUCCGAGUUCCGUGGUUUCCAUCUCCGUUUCCGUGAUGUUGCCCGUGGUGGUAUCCGUAUCAUCCGCUCCCGCAACCGUGAGGCCUACUCUAUCAACUUGCGCUCGCUCUUUGACGAGAACUAUGCCCUUGCCGCCACCCAGCAGCGCAAGAACAAGGAUAUCCCCGAGGGCGGUUCCAAGGGUACCAUUCUUUUGGAUGUCAACCAGCAGGACAAGGCUCUCGUCGCUUUCGAGAAGUACGUCGAUGCCGUCUUGGACUUGUUGAUCCUCGGCGAGACCCCUGGCAUCAAGGAGCCCAUUGUUGACCUGUACAAGAAGCCUGAAAUUCUCUUCUUCGGUCCCGAUGAGGGUACCGCCGACUACAUGGACUGGGCCUCUGCCCAUGCCCGCGAGCGCGGCGCCUCCUUCUGGAAGGCCUUCACCACCGGCAAGUCCCAGUCCCUCGGAGGUAUUCCCCACGACACCUACGGUAUGACCACUCGCUCGGUCCACCAGUACGUUUUGGGUAUCUACCGCAAGCUCGGACUUAAGGAAGAGAACGUUCACAAGCUCCAGACCGGAGGUCCCGAUGGUGAUCUUGGAUCCAACGAGAUUAAGAUCUCCAAGGACAAGACCUGCGGUAUCGUCGAUGGCUCCGGAGUCUUGUACGACUCUGAGGGUAUUGACCGCUCCGAGUUGGCCCGCCUUGCCGAGAACCGUCUCAUGAUCUCCAACUUUGACAUCGCCAAGCUCUCGCCCAAGGGAUUCCGUGUCCUUGUCGACGAGGUCAACGUCAAGCUCCCCUCGGGUGAGAUCAUCGACGACGGUCUCUCCUUCCGCAACAACUUCCACUUGAACCCCAUGGUCAAGACUGAGGUCUUUGUCCCCUGCGGUGGUCGCCCCGAGUCUGUCGAUCUCCAGAACGUUGGCCGUCUCCUCGAUGCUGACAACCACCCCCGCUUCAAGUACAUUGUCGAGGGUGCCAACCUCUUCUUCACCCAGGAGGCCCGUCUCCGUCUGGAGCGUGCCGGCGCCGUCGUCUUCAAGGAUGCCUCUGCCAACAAGGGAGGUGUCACUUCCUCCUCCCUCGAGGUCCUCGCCGCCUUGUCGUUCAACGACGAGGAAUUCGCCGAGCACAUGCAGGUCACCCCCGACCACAUCCCUGCCUUCUACCAGGAGUAUGUCAAGGAGGUCCAGGCCAUCAUCGAGCGCAACGCCCACCUCGAGUUCGAGGCCCUCUGGCGCGAGCACCAGCGCACUAAGACUCCCCGCUCCAUCUUGUCCGAUGACUUGUCCUUGGCCAUUGUCCAGUUGAACGAGAACUUGCAGCAGACUUCCCUCUGGGAGAACUUGGCCCUCCGCAAGGUUGUCCUCGAGGAGGCCUUCCCCAACAUGUUGUUGAAGCAGGUCGGACUCGAGACCCUCAUGAAGCGUAUCCCUGAGAACUAUGUCCGUGCCAUCUUUGGUUCUUACUUGGCUUCGCGCUUCGUGUACCAGUAUGGUACCGAGCCCAGCCAGUUUGCCUUCUUUGAGUUCAUCUCCCCUUACUCCAUCAAGGCCCAGCAGUAA